AUGACAUCGGAAUUGCAGACCGCUGUUGUAAGCGAGUUUUGCUCGCGAGCACCUUGUGAACGCAUUGAUAUUAAGAGUGGAUCGCUGGAAACCGAGGCCAUUCAGAAAUUUUUAUCUAUAUGUUUGAAACAGUACUUCAGUUGCUCCCAGGAUGAAACGAACGAAGCGAGUUUUUCCAAUGUCAGUCCGGAAAUUCUCGAGGUAUGUUGAAAUUCACUUCUUCACUCCUCACUCUGUAACGUAAACAAAUGUAUGCUCAAGUAUGCUUGAAAUUGUAGGAAACCUUAAACAAAAAUAGGAAGUCACCAAUUAGCUUCAGAAAAACACCAAACUUCCAAAAACGAUUGACUUGAAGUUUUAUCGCCCAAAAGUCGUGCCUUUAUAUUAAAUUUAUUCCUGCGGGGAAAAUCAUUACGUGACAAAGCUUAGUCAAGGUGAAAUCCGUUUAGAUUACAAGAAUGUACUUUUGUUGAGCACAAGGUAUUAUACUGUACAAAUCAGUUCUUUGCUCUGAUUCGAAAUCGCAUGACCAACUAAUUUUUCUUUAUGUCAUAGGCAUCAGUAAUGUCGAGUGUUUAUAUUUUUUCAAGAGAGUUAUAACACCGCAAAGAAAAACAGAUAGCAAGGCUUCUUAUUUUUGUUUUUUGAAUUGUAAUAAACCUAAUGCCCUUAAAACUUUCCUCCCACUACAUAGAGAUUUGAUACUCAAGCGCGCGGUAUACAUAAGUCGUUCUUAAAGCGAUGAGUCAAAACAAGCACGCUACACAAAAAAUAUAACUCGUUCUUAAAGCAAUGAGCCGAAACGAGCACGCUAGCGCGAGGAUAAACAAAAUACAAUUAGCGCUUUGAAGAAAACGCCCUCUUUCAUUUAAAUUUGGCGGGAUACCAACUACAUUCUUUAGUCCCUUCUUAGACUGCAAAACAGUCCGUAUUUUUGCGUAUUUAUUACGUUCGAGCAGUCAAAAAGAAGGUCUGGAACGAGGCUGAAAACAGAGAGCGAGACUGGGGAGAGACGCUAAAAAUACGUUUCUUUUCCUCUCGCCUUACGGGCGUGUGACGGCUCGCGCGUUUUGUGCGAGUAAGACUCUUACGCCGAUUUUUUUUACCGAUUUCUUUACUGAUUUUGUGAAAAAACCGACUGUUUUGCAGUCUAGUCCCUUCUGGGUGGCACUGACCUUUUGCAAUAAUCAAGUGUUCUUUCUCAUAUCAGCUAAGCUUAGUACAGAUCCUGUGCAAGAAGAAGAACUCGUAGAGAGAAGUUUUAUCGGCUAUUAAAAUUCAAGCAGAAGACCACUGUUUCGUGUUAAUGAAAGCGGAUGCUAAAUCCUGAUCUUUUAGUAAUCUCAUAAUCUUGAAAAUAAAAAAUGUUUCAAGAAAAUAGCAAUUUUCCACCAGCUUAGACAAUGGUAUCUUACGAUGAUAUCGAACUUAUCAUGUCAUAUCAUAAUGCAUUUCGAGCUUUAUAGAUUCUCACGUCGCUUCUGAGUCUCUUUGGACAUCUUACACUAAAUGUUUGUUGUUGCUUGAGAGAUUAUUCCGACAAUGGGUUGACUUUAUCCUUAGUUGCAUUGUGCUGCAGUUUAUGUUGAGAGCUCCCUGAACGUGCACAAUCGUUUGUUUUCAUGCACAAAUUGUGACUUCUGCCCAGGCGGUGUGCGUGCUGGGAUCGCUAAGCAUCAUGGGCGGUGCUCAAAAUCAGAUCACUUGUGUCAUGAAGGCGUGGAGUGAACAUCUCUCAGGAAGCUGCCGUUUAAUACAAUGCGACGUUUCAAUAGGCCAUUUGCACGCGAUGAUUGCACGCGAUGACGUCUAGGGCUUUUGUUGUUUAUUAACCUCGCAAGGAGUGCCAAAGUUAGGUACUAAAGGAAAGACGUAAUGGGAUUCUGGCGAUAAUAAUGAAAUGACUCCAUCUUGCACGUUUAAAAUGAUCAGAAGACUAUUGAAAGAUGCGCACGGUCAAGUCCAGAAAAGCAAACUAAACGGAUAACAAUGACUCCCGAGGCACUCACAGCCAUUGCGCUUUUUAACCAUGCUUUAUCUGAGGGGCAAUUCAAAAUAAUAAUAUUGACGUCAGAUUUCAAAAUGUAUUUUCGACUUUUUCUUCCACGUUUUACAUGUUUUUCCUUCUCAUUUUUUCCUCUCCAUUGCUAGCCUCGUUCCCAUGCUGGGUCUUCACUUCCUUCCUCCCAACCCGGAGGUUGUUUAAACGUUCGCAAAGUCAGAAGCAAUCAGAAAAGAUAAAAAUGACAGCAUGUCUCGUAACAUCGAUCUACAAACAAACAAACUAAAAGAUGUGAUUUGGUUUUGUUGAACACGAGCAUCUCACGGAAAAAAUAACCUUUAAUCAGAUAUGUUUAGCGUUAUUAAAGGAAAACAGUUUCUAUAUUCAGCUUUAUGAGAUAAACCGUUGUCUUAUACCUCAAAUAGGAUUAAGACAAAUCCUGGUCACGACUGGCGGCAAAAAUUACUGAACGUAAUGAGAUUUUGUCGUUUCUCGGAGGUGCCAACAGAAAUACUUCAGUUAUGCGCUUUUUCUAACUUAUACUAACAACCCAGCGAGAUAUACAAUCUUUAGAAGUUAAGAGGUUAUCAUUGCUGACGCUUUCAAGCUCUUUCGCUAUGGGAAAGGGUAUGGCAAAUUUAUCAGUUAAUAGGAAUCAUGUACACCCGAAAAUAUAAGCUGUUGAGGGUAAUUAUCAAUGUAUCAUUACUGAAUUUUAAAACAAAUGCAUAGAAGAUCCUCGCAAUCAAAGACUCAACUUAUCAUGCAGUCUAUGCGUCUUAAACUAAGAUAGUGUUAAGAUGAUCUUCUUCACAUUUAUUUCUGUACGUAUUCCGUGGUUCUCAUCAAAUAUGAAAUUCAUAUAUUCCUUAUUUCAUUUCUGAAUUAUGCUAGGAUCAGACGUCAACCUCUGAAGACACCGGCGUCGAAUUGGAUCAAUUCAGUAGUGCUGAUGUGAGUUGCAGGUUCUGUAAGGAUGAUAUGGCACCAGUAUCGCUGGCUUUGAAGGUGAAUUUGUUAUUAUUCACUGUACUGUUUACUCCCGAUAACUCGAACCCUCGCUAACUCGAACCUCGCGCUGACUCGAGCCAAAGUCGAUUUCCCCUGGAUUUCCUUCAUACAUUUACUGUAAUUUUACCCUCGGUAACUCGAAGUAAUUUUUGUUUCCCUUCAGAUUAUUUCUAUACAAUUUUACCCUCGAUAACUCGAACCAUGUUUUAAGCACUUGACUAAUCGGAAAAAGAACGGUGUACCACUGUACAGAAGUCCGAAGCACUGAAUUUAUUUCAAAACAACCGUGUCAAUUCUUCGUCGUUAGCUUUUUUGUCCGCCUGCAGUUCAAAUUCAGUGUCCAUCCCUGUUAAGUGUGUAUGAUACUUGCAUUCCCUCCUCAUCUUUUUGCUUAAUUGCUUAAUACUUCCGGUUAUUUGCUUCGAACUUCCGAUAACUCGAACUUUGUUCGAUUUCCAUAAAAGGUUCGAGUUAUCGGGAGUCGACUGUAGUUCCGAUAGUUUAGUAUGCAAUAGCGGAUCAGAGGAAGCUUUAGUAGGAUAUCUUUUCCUAGCCUGGGGCCCGUUUCUCGAAAGUCCCGGAACUUUUCAUGCCCGAGCGCAAAUUCUAAAAUCAAAACCUGUAGAAUAGUAGUAUAGUUCCUGGCUCACAAACCAUAGAUUUGUUGUAUCAUUCUCAGAAUUAUUGAAAUUUUAACCUUGAAUGCAAUCACGACAAACACAAAUCAGCUUUUCAGGCCCUAAAAGCUAUCUGGACUUUCGAGAAACGGAACCCAGAAAUCAUUAUUUCUUUCUGAAUAGCCUGUGCCAGACGUUCAGGUAGUGGAGUGUGGCGCGAAGUCAGAAGGCCGGGAAAAAAUAGGGAGGAAAAGAGGGGGAGAGAGAUCAGAGAGGAGAACUGCGUUCCUUCGCUCUUACCCCCUACCCCACCCCUGUGCUGUUUUUCCUGCUCAAAUCUCUUUGUACCCUCACAAUAACCCAUCAAGUUUGCCAGACGCUAGAAAAACUUAACUGUUAAGAGUCAACUAAAUAGCUACUAACGGGAAAAGUUAACUGAUUGCAAUGCAUGAGUGUGAUGAUGAAAUUGAUAUUGAAUCGAAAUUUACACGGCGAAUUCAUCUCUCAAGAUGAAGAGGUAUUCUUUUGCCUUUUUAAUUUCACAUUUGACCGAUUUACGUUAAUCUGUCUCCGGUGAGGUGUACUAUAGAAAGCACUUUUAAGCUUUCGCAUAAAAAGAAAAAUAGCCUUACGCAUACUCAAGAAGUAAUAAAAUGUUGUUGUUGUUGUUAUCAUUUUAAUUUCUUUUUGAAAAAAAAGUGAACUGUUUUGCAAAAGAACCUAGAGAAGUGAGUGUUUGAACUUCUUUCCAAGAUGUAAGAAUUAAUGAGGUCCUUAUUUGAACAUCAGUGUCUCGAACUCAGAAAAGGCAGUGGUGAUAUGAUGUAGAGCAGGAGGUGAGUUUCCGUCUAUGAGUUUAUGAGUUUCCGUUUAACAAGCCCCAGUAUCAAAUAGGACUUUCGAAAUAGUGAUUAUAUAUAUUAGGCCUGUGUCACCUGUAGAUACACAGGAUACCCUCAAAGUGGUGAUGAAUCGAUGACAAUAAUACACAAAAUGACAGCCUUAUUGACAGGCACUUUGACAUGCGCGCGAAACUGAGGAACGCUGAUCGGAAAUCAGCGAAACACGAGACAUCAAAGGCAGGAUCAGGAGGAAUUAGCCAGCGAGCAAGCUCUCCUAUUUGGGCAAGCGAAGCGAGCCUCGCGAGAACGCGCGAGACCUGUUUCACUCGCCCAAACAGGAGAGCUUGCUCGCAGGCUAAGUAGGAAUCGGCUCUCACCAACUUUCUUCAUCCCGCCGUUCCUUGCGGCCAAAUUGAGCACUUUGAUAGUGGACAAAAUGGCGGCCAUUUUGAAUUUUGAAAUACGUAGUCGACUAAUACAAGAACUGGAACUACAUAAUCUGUGACGGUCAGAAUGAAAGUUUGAAAAUUCUCGGAAAAUCCAGAUGACUGCAGAUUUACCAUGAUCACGAGCUGUGCUGUCCAAAUAGAUACUCAAGCUGUUUUAAAUGUUUAAAAUACUGAAAGGGACUACCCAAAACAAAAACACAAUUGCUUCCACUUACAAUAUAAUUUCAAUCUUUGUUAAGUCAAUAUUCGGUCACGGCAAGACUUACUGUCGUCUGUACUGAUCAACAAUACACACGACAGAUGUGACAUUUUUUUAAAAUGGAAGAGAAAAAGUGAAAUAAUUUUUUGUCGCGCCAAAUUUCAGACCUCACUAUAUCUCCAAACGUGUAUUUCCAAGAACAUUUCCUGCGUUCCUCUAAUUCAAAUUUUCUUUAGUGAGAAUAACAAUUUUAAUUGCCUACUUCUAUUUUGUGGACGGUAGGUAUUGUUCUUUUGCGACCUACCGACAAAUAAAUCUCAUAAAUAGAACUCCAAUACAAAGGAAUAGUUUAUAAUGCAUUCUUUUACAGUAAUGUAUUCAAAGUUGUCAGUUCAGCAAAUGUCUUCACGCUAGCAAGCGUAGAUAUUUAGAAACAUAAUAACACAUUUCAGAAAUUCGUCAACGAAAUAGAGGUAAAUUUUACCCGCUUGCGACCGUAAGUGAGGAAAUACUAAAGAUAAAGAUUUAAAGAUAACCAAAGGGUUGAACGAGGUAAGUUUCGCCCUUAAAGCUAAACUUGAUACUUUGACUGAAUGAAGUUCGACGCGCGGGAGAUCGAUCUCGAGAAGAUUGCAUUGAUUUUGUCUCGGAAGGAAAUUCUUAGCAAUUUUUUCCACCUCAAUUAUUUAAAAGAGGUAACUGAUAAUGUUGAAAAAUAAUGUAAAAGGUUAUGUUUUUCAGCCGCCUUUCCAAGUGAGUACCGUAGCUACCAGCCAGUGAUUUAAUAACAUGUGGAUUUGACGUCGUGAAAAAAUAUACUUAAUUAUGUUUCAAUUUUAUUUGGAAUUACAAAUUAGGUCAGAGCGUAGUCUAGCUUAUGUUUUGUGCAUUUCCACCUGUCAAAUGGCUUUAAUAAUUAUAAUGGAAACAGAGGCUCGUUUGUUUCACGAAGUAUAAAUAUAUUCAUUACGUUCUCAACAUGUGCUUUACUUGUGGUUCGUACUUGCCGUGUAGUCCGGUAAACAAACAAGGUAGGUAGAUAGUAGAUACGCACUCACGUACGUUCAGUCAGUAAGGACGACCAUGCAUAUGCUAAGAAGUAAGCAAUUAGACACAAUCAUCAUAAUUUCUAUUGGGUUUUUAUGGGGCUUGAACUUUCCGAACUUUAAUUCCAUCGCAAAGCAUUGAAGCUUGUAAGCGAAUAUUAGCAACCUUUGAGCUCUUAUUGCGUGAAAUAAAAGGUCAUUGAACUAUGUAAGGAGUUUUUUUGCGAGUUAACGCAAGAGUUAACUUGUUAGAAUUUGCCGAGUAGCGUGGUGAAAGCCUUCAUUAUUAGACCUUUCUCACAUUUCAUAUCUCCUUUCACAUUCUUUCGAAAUACAUCGGAAAUCCAAUAUCGGCUCUUAACCCCUGCACCAAAAGAAAAAUAAUAACAAUUUUUGUCACGAUCAGACUACCUGCGGAGUUUAGACUUAGUCUUAUGGAAAGCACCGCACAUUUUUCGCUUCAAUAUAAUUCCUUGCUUUCUUCCAAACAGAACCACCUUGACGCAUGCCCACUCUUCCCAGUCCAAUGUCCUAAUAUGUGCGGCAAGAUGUCGGUCCCGAGAGAGAAGGUACGCUAACAAACUACGUAGGGCUAAAUUAUGCUGUAAUUUGUGAUUAGAAAGAUAGCGAUUUAAGCAAAACAAAAUUCCAUCAUCAAGUUGAACUUUUAAGCGAUAUUACUCCAACAUAGACUCUACUCACUAAGUUAUCAGAAGAUUUUUAUCGUAAAUAAAAGAUGUGGUUGUUCGUUUUUUGGUAACAACAGUUGAAGGAUUGAUCUAAGUGAAAGGCCAGGCUGAUGUUACACAUAACACUCAAAGAAUUCGUUUAAUUUCGUCGUAAGUAAACCAUGCAUAAAGUUUAUUCGUGUAAAGCAAAAAGUAUAUGUGAAGCCUGUCAGAAGUUAUUGAUGUUUUUUCAAAGAAAUAUUUGUGAAAUGCUCUCUCGGUGGCCAGUGGCAUAUGGUUUUAUUGGGACGUUAUCUGGUGCUAAACAUCUUAUACCUUAUGUGUAUUACCCUUCUUAUGAUGACAAACACGUGCACAUCUGCUCUUAAAAGCUUUAAGGGUAAUUAAGUAAUUCUUUCUGUAUCAUGUCGACAUUUUUGGGCCAAAGUCAUUACAAAAAUCUGAGGAGAGCUUCGACGCUGAAUUCAAAAUUCGACCUGACUGUACUUGAGGCUAUGGCAUCUGAAAGGAUAUAAUUACAGAAUCGUGUUCUGCUGUUUAUUUGGCUGUAAUUGAGGAUUUUAAACCUAAAAGAACUUAAAUUGAAUUUUUUUUCUUCUGAUGCUGAUUAGCUUUGGAGGCGCAAUAAAAUACAUCCAGCUUGUUCUCUCCGGCACGUUUAUUCUGCUUUUAUGCCGUUUGCGUUUUUUUAUAAGCAAGAUGAAAAAAACAAAUUAGAUGAAACUUAUUGGCGCCAAAUUUCAUUAUAAGGAAGGGGAACUGUUCCGAAGGUAUAGUGAAUUGUUUCCGGCUUUUAAACCAAUAACAAAGCUCUGUAUUAACGAAAGAGAGGUUAUUCGACCUAUUCUCGAUAUUCUAAAGGAGAGAUUUUUCUCCGGCUUUUAACCGAAAAAUAACAAAAACAUCUUGUGAUGGUACUCAGCCAAUUAAAUCGACCCUUUUGAACUUAGAUGUGUUUACUUUGGUGUAAGAACAAACGGCUGGGAAAAAAUUUCGCGAAGGUCAAGCGGCUCGAUUAAAGGCUGCCAAUUUGGCCAGUAAGCAUUUCUCCUUUCAGCUUAAGCGCGAAGUCUCUUUGUCUGAAAAUGAAAAAGGUCACUCAAUCUUCAAAGAAAGACAAGAUUGACUCUUGAUUAAAAGUCUUCAAUGGAAGGGUCUGAACUGUGCGGGGUGGCCAGCUGAAUUGAUUUUUCAGUGCCCUCAAGCAUUUUCCUGUCUGUAAAGAACAUUAACAGCAAACAGACGUAAAUUGCAUUGUACUUUGAUCUUUUGUGAGGUCUUCCUCGGAUGGAGGCCUAGGGGUAGUUAGUUGGGUCGAAAAAAACGACGCGACGAAAGUUUUCAAGCACCGCACCGGUUCUCUUUACCUGUUACCCAACUGACUGAUCCUGGGUCUCCCAGGAUGUUGUAAGCCGUAUUUGUCUCUAAAAUAUACAAUCAAUUAAUGUAAUGAAAAAACACAUAGUAUUAAAGGGGAGAAGUUAUUUUACUCGUCUACAUUUUUUUUUUCUUUCGGACCUUCGCGGUUACUUGUUAUCGGGAGGCUGCUGAAGAUAUUCUUUGGAGACAAAAUACAUAUGUUGUAACUUUUUUUUUUUUGUUUUUUAUUUUUUGGUUUUUAGCUAACGGAUCAUAUCAUAGUUGAAUGUCCCAACACAUGUGAUCAUUGCGCCUAUCAAGAUAUCGGCUGUUCCUUUCAGGUAACUUGACAAGUAAUGCUCGUCUAUUGAUACAUAAUUUCUCGCAAAGCGAGCUUAAUAAAUUUGUCGCAAUUAGCGUCGCGCGUUGAUCGCUCGUGAAGCGCGCGCAGUUGAAUCGCAGAUAGCUUACACGGCUGUAUAUGAAUCUACUAGGUUGGCGCCCGUAGUUUCUUAGCAACAAAUCAAGAAAUGCUUUUGGCGAUGAAUUUCGACGGCAGAAGGUCUUAAGCAAAGGAAGAGCUACUCACUUAUUAAUUCUUCUUCUUCUUCUUCUUCUUCUUCUUAUUAUUAUUAUUAUUAUUAUUAUUAUUAUUAUUAUUAUCAUCAUCAUCUUCAAAAUAAGAGGGAAAAUCGAGGUAAAAGUCAGACCAUUUGUAGACGGGUUUGCUUCUGUCGGCUGUGUGUGUGUCGGAGCAGCGUUUCAGUUUCAGCCUAGCUUUUUACAGUCAAAACCCUGCUUAUUCCCCUGGAAUCUAUCUUUGAAUACAUGUUAAACCGAGGCAAAAAAAACAGUGCUUGAUGCUUUUCUCUUCUGAUGGAGUAAAGUCUGGUUUCAGCUGCGUGCCUCGAACGUUGUAUUUGUUGGGUUUUUAAGGUGACCCGAAGCUAUUUUUAGCGUCUUUCUUUCUUUCUUUUCGGUGGGAGCUGACGCUUUCAUAAAAUCAACCCUUCCAGGCUAAUAACACACUCCAUACCGCCAAUGACCUUUCAAAGCUUCGCACGAGUGUUUCAACCCAACUGAGCAGUAGUGAUUUUUAUCAUCCACCGUAGAUUUUUGCUUUAAACUUUCUUUGUUUUGCAGGGUACUAAAACUGACCUAACAAAGCACCUUCAGGAAAACACAGAGAAUCACUUACAGAUGGCUUUAGAAGUGAUAAAGGAACAGCGAACCGAGUUGGGAAUAAUGCGCGGCCGCCUUCGGAAACAGGACGAAAACAUAGCUCAGUUGACGGAAAGUGUCAGCAAACUGGGAGCAGUUUGUGAGGAAGCCGUCAAGCAUAACCAGGAACAAGAGAAAACUAUAAAUCGCUUGUGUGAGCAAAUGAAAGAGCAAAAGAAACAUCAGUCUAAAUACGAGAAAGAUUUCAAGAGCAGAAUCGCAGAUCUGGAACAAAGAGGACUCGAAACGCCGCCGCAAAAUGGUCUUAUUUCUAAUCCCGGACUCAGCAGUGGUUAUGGGGAACUCGUAUGGCGGAUUUCGAACUUCUCACGGAGAUUGCAGCGUGUUCAGUCGGGUCGUACCGACGACCCGAUGACUAGUGAACCAUUCUACACGUCAGCGUUUGGUUACAAGAUCGUUGUCUGGGCUUACAUUAAUGGUAGAGGCAAAGAAGAGGGAAAGUGUUUGUCUCUUUACGCAUGCGUCAUGUCUGGGGAGUACGAUGCAAUACUCCGCUGGCCGAUCAGACCGCGAUACACUUUUUCUUUACUGGACCAAAAUCCGGACUCUGAGUCCAGGAAAGACCUGACACGUGUACGUAAAGUUCAUGACUUCAAGCGCGAUGAAGUGAGAAGGAAAGGAAUUGAGAGGCCUGGCCGUGAUGAGAGGGCUAUCAUAGUGGGAUUUGAUGACUUUGUCAAACAGGAAGAACUCGAAGCUGGAAACUUUUUAGGGGAUGACACACUUUUCAUACGUGUUCUAGUGGACAUGCCGGAAUCUUACAGCUGAACUUUUCA